UAAUUUUUGAGGCAGUCAGCACUGUUUGCUUUUGUUUCUCCUAUCCUAUCCUACUUUCCCCCUCUCUUCCUUCCUUCUACCAGUUUCUCCUCUGCCAGAUCUCCGGCCGGCCGCCCAUCACUCCUUGAGUUUCUUUCUCUCUUUAUCUCACCACCUUCCAAUUCAACACUCAUCUAAACCAUUCUAUAUAUAUUUUACCAUUUCAACACACCUCGCCUUUCUCUUUCACAGAUCUGCCUCUCUACAAACAGGUUUUAGCUGAAUGUCACACCAUUCCCCAUUUUUAAAUCCAUUUCUCAAACAACCUGAGCACAAUUAUAGUCUGGGUGGGGGCAGCAUGGAUUCCGGAAUAGGAAGUUGGAUUCCGGAUUUGAAGACAGACAGUGCAGCAGCUGCUUCUUGGGUUCCACCUACACCCUCAAAGCCCAGUUUCACACCCAUCUGCAAAUCUGGUAAUGAAAACACCCAUCAGCUUUCACUGGAUUUUUGCUUGACCCCAGCACAAGUUCAAGGGCGGGGAUUCCAGAAAUUAUUUUAUACUCAAAAUGAAGCAAAAAUGUCAUAUGGGAAUCUCUUAGCACUUGCUGAAAGUGCAAAUAAACACAAAGCAUUCACUUCCCUCUUUACUUCCCACAACACAGGUGGAAGUGCGAGUUGCUCCAGACCCACUCUCAAUUUGAAUUUUCCACCUGUGGGAGAUGUUGACUCGAGCAGCAGCAUCACCUCAUUCCAGCAGUUACCCCCCAUCAGCCCCCCAGGGGUUCAGAACAGGGGAAUAGCGCUAAAUUUAAACAUGAAUGAGAUGCAAGUGCCAAGGCGCAUAGAGGAGGGGAAUGAUACGCUCCAAGAAAAAGUAGAGCUGUCAGUAGAGGAGGUGAAGGAAGUAGCAGUAGACUUGGCGGAGAAUCAAAAGCCUGACAAAGGUGGGGAAGUAGGCACAGAAGUGUAUGGCAAGACACCCCAGCAGAAACCAAGAAGGAAGAAGCACAGGCCGAAAGUGGUUGUCGAAGGCAAAGGUAGGAGGGGAUGUACGCCUAGAACCCCAAGCAACACUCCAGGCACAGAGGAGGAGGGUAAGACUAAAAGGAGGAGAAGGACUAACAUGCAGAGAAAAGUAGUAGACAAACCUGCUACUGCAGCCACCACUCCCUCAGACGAGAGUCCAAACGUAAUAAACCAUCCGCCCGCCUCCGCCACUCCUAAUGAAUCAUCGAAAGUGGGGAGAAAGCGCUGUAAAAGAAAUCAAGGGCCUGCAGCCACCACCCCUACAUGUGAGGGUUCAAUUGUAAUAGAUCUUGACACUGAUUCCGACGAGAGCCUGCAAGUGGGGAGAAGGCAUCCUGCUGGGCCAGCAGCAGCAGUAACAGCAGCGAAAGAGGCUUCAAAUAUAACAACAUAUCUUGAAAAUAUGCCCACCAGAUCCAAUCAAGCGGAAAGUAAGUAUGGUAGGAAAAUUCAAGGUAGCAAGUCCAAGAAAUGUUACAACAUGGGAGAGGAGGGGUGCAGGGAAACUACUACUUCUCGACCAGAAGCAGUUUCUCUCCCCAAAAGGAUGAACACCUGCAAGCGAUCGAUAUAUUUUCCCCACUAUGAUGUAAAUGGGGAUUUCCCAGACCCAUCUCCAUACCCUGCAGGAAAAUCCCCGGAAACUACUACUUCUCGACCAGAAGCAGUUUCUCUCCCCAAAAGGAUGAACACCUGCAAGCGAUCAAUAUAUUUUCCCCACUAUGAUGUAAAUGGGGAUUUCCCAGACCCAUCUCCAUACCCUGCAGGAAAAUCCCCGGAAACUACUACUUCUCGACCAGAAGCAGUUUCUCGCCCCAAAAGGAUGAACACCUGCAAGCGAUCAAUAUAUUUUCCCCACUAUGAUGUAAAUGGGGAUUUCCCAGACCCAUCUCCAUACCCUGCAGGAAAAUCCCCAGAAACUACUACUUCUCGAUCACAAGCAGUUUCUCGCCGCAAAAGGACCUGCAAGAGAUCAAUAUUUUUUCCCCACAAUGACGCAAAUGAGGGUUUCCCAAACCCAUCUCCAAACCCUGCAGGAAAGUUCCAUGUGCUGCAUCAACUGUUUCAACAAGAACUAAAAGAUGAUGCUCGACUGACUGAAGUGGACAUUGCUUAUGAAGACAAAAAUGAAAUGAACAGUCAGAUCAGGAAAUCCAUUUUACAGCCAGGAAUACAAGUUCCUCUUGAUCCUUCAACUCCGAGCAAGUUGGAUGCAUCGUGCAACAACUUGAUGAUGGCUAGACAUCAAGUGAGAGGAAAGUGUAAAAUCGUUUUUUCAGAUGACGAAGAUAAAAGUAUGUAUGUUGUUGGACCACAAUGUGUGAAGGGUAGCCAAAACCACUCCUCCAACUUUCGCAGCCACAAUGUAUUCUUGACAGAGAGAGCAACAGUAAGUGACUCGAAGAUGUUGCAGCACUCAAGCUUUGCUGAAGAAGAACAGUACAAUACAAACGUUGCUGGACUUCAUUGGAAUUCUUUGCAGGCAUACAAACAAUUUCUUUCACUCAAUCGAGACAUGAUGGACAGAAUCAGUGGGAUGCAUUUUCCUACAAUUCAUAAGAAAAAAAGGACUGAGAAGGGGCACGUUCCUGCAUCACCUUGUGCUAAAAGUAUGGAAACUGAAGCUCACCACAUGACCCAUGCAUGUCAAUUUGAGGAAGGUGCUUCCUUGGCUAAAAAAGCUGCAAGCGGAUCUCCGCCUCCCAAGCACCUUCCCACAUUGAACAUUGACAAUUUGAAAAGGAAAAGAUCAAAAGGUCUCGCUCGGGUGCGUGAUGCGGCAUCCUUGGAUGAGGUUUACAAUCCCUUCUCAACUUCUUCAUCUAGAGAAGCAGCAGCAAAACAGAAACAACAACAAAUGACGAUGUUCAACGAUUCAUGCAUGAUUAUGGGAACUCAUGUUGCUGAUGAUUGCACAACCAUGGUCACAAAAAAGCAUGCAAAAAGAAACAGUCUCAAUGGACAUCUGCUUGCUCUCACAUGGAAAGACAUUUCUCCAAUUGACGAAAUUGCACAACGGCUAAGAUGUCUUAACAUAAAUAAUGAUCAUCAAGGUCGGUACACUCUCGGUACUGGUAAUGCCAAGUACCAAAGGGAAACUUCCCUCGUUCUUUAUCCAAGAGAUGGAACCAUUGCCCCUUUUGUAGAGGUUAAAAAGAGGAGACCUAGGCCAAAAGUUGAUCUUGAUGAUGAGACAACUAGAGUGUGGAAACUCUUGCUGCAAGAUAUAAACAGCCAAGGCAUAGACGGAACGGAUGAAGAGAAGGCUAAGUGGUGGGAAGAAGAGCGGAAAGUGUUCCGUGGAAGAGCAGAUUCCUUUAUCGCCCGCAUGCGUCUUGUCCAAGGAGACAGGCGCUUCUCGCCAUGGAAGGGGUCUGUCGUAGAUUCUGUGGUUGGGGUUUUUCUAACUCAAAAUGUUUCGGAUCACCUCUCCAGUUCUGCUUUCAUGUCACUUGCUGCAAGGUUCCCACUGAAAUCUAAUACCAGAGCAGAAUUUCAUGGAGAGAGACCAAAUUUGAUUGUCGAAGAACCAGUUUGUGUGAUGGAACCUGAUGAAAAAAUUACAUGGCAUGAAGGUCCCUCUAAUAAACCAACUCCUGGUCAAGAUUCAAUGGCUCUCAGGGACAUCGAUGGGAAUGAAGAAGUUAUCAACAGUGAGUUGACUGAAGAUACCUUGGAUUUUGUUAUGUCCACAGAAAAUUCUACAGCCAAACAUUUCAGUUCUUCUGAGAAAUAUCGAGAUGUUUAUCAUGGAUUGACAUUAGAUAGGCCGGCAAGUUGGAUCAACAAGGAAGAGGCAAGUUCCCACAUCAGCCAAACAGAAACAGACAUUGUGUUGUCCUCUCAGAAUUCUGGAGUUUUCUCACAGAACUUUGUGGACUCUUCGCAUGGUCAAACUGCUGACAGAAAAGAAUUCACCACUCUUUGCAGCACUACAUCUUUCGUCCAACUAUUAGAGAUGGCAGGAACUUCCAUGCUACAUGGGGUGUACCAUCAGGAAAACAGCUUAGUUAAUAUGGACAUGCUAAACCAAGGAAAGGAUUAUUCUAUGGAGUUGCAGAAGAACAGGGAAGAUGACAGGGGCUCUUUGGACACCAUUGCUUCUUGCAGUACUGAUGGCAAACUUCCUGGAGAACACUAUGCCCCUGAACAAAGUGAUUUGUCAACAAAGUCACUGAACCAAGCAACAAAUCAGGAGAUCCAACUCCUACCUGGUCAAACUGACAAGCCUUGCAGUAGUAAUCAAAUUGAGAUGAAUUUGAGAAUAGAAAACAAUCCAACGACAGGUUUUGAUUUGCAGAUUCAUACUGAAGACAUUAACUAUGACGUGCCACUAGAUCACAAGUGCCCUACCUCAUUGGAGAUUCAGGAUAUCACAGAGAGAGCUGGCACUAGCAUUGUUCGUUCCCAAUCGAUUUCAGAUGGCCAGAAUAACACAAAUCUUGAUACUGUUGAUAGAACGACCAGCAAGACCUCUAGAGCGAAAGGGGGAAGGCCUCGGAGAGAGAAAGAGGAAUUAGUGAAUUGGGACAUAUUAAGGGAAGAGGCUCAGGCAAGUGGAAAGAAAAGAGAGAAAACAAUGAACACAUCGGACUCAUUGGACUGGGAAGCGGUAAGAUGUGCUAAUGUCCAUGAGAUUGCAGAAACCAUCAAAGAGAGAGGAAUGAACAACAUGCUCGCAGAGAGAAUACAGGAGUUCCUAAAUAGGCUUGUUAAAGAACACGGUAGCACUGAUUUAGAAUGGCUAAGAGAUGUUCCACCAGACAAAGCAAAAGAGUAUCUAUUGAGCUUCAGGGGGUUGGGUUUGAAAAGUGUGGAGUGUGUCAGGCUUUUGACGCUCCACCAUCUAGCUUUCCCAGUUGACACCAAUGUUGGACGGAUAGCUGUAAGACUUGGGUGGGUCCCUCUGCAGCCAUUGCCUGAGUCACUACAAUUGCACCUUCUAGAGCUGUACCCGAUCUUGGAAUCCAUCCAAAAGUAUCUUUGGCCACGACUCUGCAAGCUUGACCAAGGAACACUAUACGAGCUGCAUUACCAUAUGAUAACAUUUGGGAAGGUGUUUUGUACAAAGAGCAAACCAAAUUGUAAUGCAUGUCCAAUGAGAGGAGAAUGCAGACAUUUUGCAAGUGCAUUUGCCAGUGCAAGGCUCGCACUUCCUGCUGCACCAGAGGAAAAAAGAAUCGUGAACGCAAUUGAAAGCAAACCCACUCAACAAACCCCAAGAGACAAUAUCAGUCUGCUGCAGCUGUCCUUACCUGAGAGCUGCAGCAAUCCAGAAGCAGUAACACAUUAUGGUGGCAGCAACUCCCAACCUAUUAUUGAAGAGCCAGCAACACCAGAGCCCAUAGUUGAAGUUCCUGCCACACCAGUGCAAGAGCAAACACCCGACAUUGAGGAUGCAUACAAUGAUGAUUCUAAUGAAAUUCCAACGAUUAAUCUAAAUCUGAUUCAGUUCGCUCAAAACGUAAAGAUGUUCGUGCAAAACAGCAUGGAGCUUAAUCAUGUUGAAAUGUCAAAUGCUUUGGUUGCAUUAACACCUGAAGCUGCUUCCAUUCCGAUGCCUAAACUCAAAAAUAUUAGCCGGCUCAGAACCGAACAUCAUGUCUAUGAGCUUCCAGAUCAUCAUCCUCUUCUAGAUGGGUUAGAAAAAAGAGAUCCAGAUGAUCCCUGCUCUUACCUUUUGGCCAUAUGGACACCUGGUGAAACUGCAAGCUCUAUUAAGCCCCCAGAAAGGCUAUGUAAUUCCCAAGAACUUGGCAAGCUAUGUCAUGAGGAAACCUGCUUUGCAUGCAAUAGCUUUCGAGAAGCAGAAUCUCAAACUGUGCGUGGGACAAUUCUGAUACCCUGCCGAACAGCAAUGAGAGGAAGCUUUCCCUUAAAUGGCACAUACUUUCAGGUCAAUGAGGUGUUCGCUGAUCAUGAAUCCAGCCUAAACCCAAUUGAUGUUCCAAGAGAUUGGUUGUGGGAUUUACACCGCAAAACUGUGUUCUUUGGAACCUCAAUACCAACAAUAUUCAAAGGCCUGUCGACUGAAGAUAUCCAACAUUGCUUCUGGAGAGGGUAUGUUUGUGUACGAGGGUUUGAACGGAAGACACGGGCUCCUCGACCACUAAUGGCACGAUUGCACUUUCCAGCCAGUAAAAUGAAAACGAAGGCGAGUACGGAUGAAACCAAGGCAUAACCCUGCUGCUGCUGCUGGCAUAGACACUUCAUAGCAGCAGCUCAUUACAGAUGAUGAUGGUAGCGCCUCAUUUCAUGACAUUAUGAUAAUUAUGCUGCUGCUUGUCAGAAAUAGCUAGGCAUUUAGUUGUAAAUAUAUUCUAAAAAUUCCGAGUAUUGAAGUAAUCAUUUGUUCCUCAAAACUAUUAUGUUCACUUUAUUAUUAUUAGACAGAAGAAGAGUAGUACUAAUGUAUCGGCCAAAUAAGGAGUGUUGUCGCAUAUCGGUUAGCACUUAGCAAAGGGGUUGUUGACCUUUUUUUAUUCCUUAAUCAUGUCGG